AGGCUGCACCAGGUGCAAGCCGAGGCCCAGUACGAGCAGCUGUUCCUCCCUGAGCCGGAAUCUGAGACCCAGGAUCCCCUUAAGGAGCCGGCCCGCCUCAUGGUGCGGCCCCGAGCUGACCUGCUGAAGCUGUAUCUUGCUGAGCCGCUCGGCAUGGAGCGCACGCUCGGGGCUCGGGAGAGCUGCCUCAGUGACUUCACGCAGAUGCUGCAGCGCAGAGAGAGAAGCCUGGACGCUCGCUCACGUAAGGCGAGCGAGGAUCUGCGCGCCGACCAGAAGCGCUUGGAGUCGCAGCGCGAGCAGAUGAGCGCCAGAGAGGUGGACGCUGCGCUGGCGCGGCUGGAUGCAGCCGCCCUCCACACGCGCUGUCUGGAGCUGCUGCUUCGCAGGCACCGCCAGCUGGCGCCUCAGCGCAUUGCCGCCCUACGCAGCCGUUUGCUGCUCUAGGAAUCUACUCGUUGUACAAGCCUGUCUGCGACUGGUGCUCACGCAUCUGCGGGCCUGCAAGGCAAAGCUACCAAGGCGGGACAAGCAUGCCAUUUUGGGAGAUGGCGGUCGGUGGUCACACGCCCACAGGGAGGUGCUGCUGUUUUCCGACCAUUCGUCCAACCAUGUGACUCGUUUCAGUUCCUUGCAAGUGGAGAUACUUGCAGACGUGUCCACUGGCCUGUGGGUUUAGUCAUGGUGCUCCCAAUCCCUCGCCCAUUCAUUCCCUGUGCUCCAAUAGCAUCUCGCCCCUUGUUUCAUUAUCUCUAAUUGCCUCAGGGUCAUGGAGACAGUCGGUCAGUGCACACCUUCAGGAAUCUUAGUGGUCUCUGAAUGGUGCGUUUGCAAUGAAGGUCGGCCGCCAUUCAGAACCCAGCUAAAGAGGGGGUUUUUGGAAAGAACAGUACUGCUUUUCUUGUAACAUCUCUUUUGCAUAGUGCUCAAAGGAAGUGCCAGUUGCUUACGAACCCUUUUACCACUUUUGUUGGCAAAUCCAACAUUCAGUGUAGUCUUUAAUUUAGUGCUUGUUUCGAUAUACCACUGUAGCAAGCUACACCAGCAACAUGGAAUAAAUUUAUUAAAGCCACCAUUGUAAUUCUCCUAUCAAUAGAUCCAUGUUGUAUAAUAUUGUGAGUCGGCUGACUCAAGAAUAAGGAGAGCUUGCAGAUGAACUGCCCUCAGUUUGCAGCCCAGUUCACACCCAAUGCUACAGUUCAGUUGGCUGCCGGACUGCUGACCGGUGAUGAGCAGUGAGUCCUCCACCUGCGGUAGCGUGGUGAUAUGAGACAUCCUGAAUCGCUGUUCCCAGGUGCCGUUGUCGCUAAAGUGACUACGUUCGUGUCUUCUUGUUCAUCGAGUCUCUAUAAGAGUUCUGGAGAGGGACUGAAGGCUUUCUGGGAGUCAUGACAUUGCUCUACUAUGUGAGGCAUAAAACAAUAAAUUGUGUGUCUGUA